AGCCAACUGAUGCUUGUUGAGAUAAACUACAAAUGGUGACAGAUGGUGAAGCUUCUGGAGAACCCAACAUUCAUUCACAAGAACAGGGAGUAAAAUGGUUCUUCAACAAAGGAUCUCGUUGUUGCUCCUCUUUUCAGUAUCAGUUGCUUUGGCAGCUUCAUGUGACAGUCGGUGUUUGGCAAAUUUGAUCAUUGCUAAAAAAAUGAAGAGUGCACCACAGGGGAGCAGCUCUUCUGUCACUGUAAACAUCACUUCAAUGAAGUAUGAGACACUGUCUUUUGAUACAAAGGAAAUGCAAAUGAGCUGCCGAGUCACAGUAUACAUGCGGUGGACAGAUCCUGAACUAGGAUGGGGUAAAAAUACAUCUAAUAUGUCAGCAGUUAUGUUGCCGGUUGACAAAAUCUGGACUCCUGGGCUUGUUUUGGACAAUGCGAUAGAUGUAACCAUGAAGCCACAGACAGAAGAUGUACUAGUGAACAAGGAAGGAACUGUGGACCAUGCUGUUAUCUUGUUCAUAGCAGUGAGCUGUGAUAUCAACCUUUUCACUUACCCCUUUGUGACAGGGGACUGUCCUGUGGCCAUCAAUGGAUGGAAUAAAAGCAGUUUUGGGCUUAUACUUCAACAUUCAGAUAACAUAUCUAUGUCCGGAAGUACACAGAGUGGUGAAUGGAAUGCUUUGAAAGUGGCAAUAACUUCAGAUCCAGAUUUUCAGUACCUCCGAUUUGUCUCGGUCACUUUAUCCAUCAAUCCUUUCAGUGCUGUUGUGACCCUGAUCCUUCCCAGUAUACUAAUAAUGCUGGCAGACCUGGUGAGCUUUUCUCUGGCCAUUACAGGAGGAGAACGCAACAACUUUAAGGUCACCUUGGUUCUGAGUUUCACCAUGUUUCUCCUCAUCCUUAAUGAUCGUCUGUCCAGUGGUGGGGCAUGCAGCCCUCUCCUCCAUUAUCACUUCUGCUUCUGUCUGGUUAAUCUGGUGCUGAGCAUGGUGUUGUCUAUAGUGCUGACACAUCUGACGACUACUGACAGCACCCUAAAUUCUACAUGUUCAAAGAAAAUGAAAAGACAAAAUGCCCACCUGGAUCAAGAUGAAGCAGAUGCUGGUGCGAUUGCGAUGAAAACCCCCAGUGAAACAGAGAUGGCUUCCAUCCAAAAAAUUGUGCAGUUUCUGGAAAGGGUGGACCUAAAGAAACAAGAGGCGAUCAGCAACGAAGCCUUUGUUGGCCGCUUGGACAAAAUCUGUUUCUUGUUUUUUUUGUUCAUUGACAUAAUUUACAUCAUCUGUGUUGUCGUUAUCACCACGACAAAUAUUUGCAAACCCCAAAAGUUGAAAAUCUGGAAUAAGGAUGAAUUGUAUGACUUGUGGAUAAGUAAUUAUAAUAAUGAGACGGAUUAUAUUUUGUAAAGCGAUAAUUUGCUUAUUUGCAUAUUGGUGAUUUGAAUCUGGGUGUGUGAUGUCUAUGUACAUAAUGGGAUUUUAAUCAGUUCGACUUUUUCUGUCAUUUUUAAUUUACACACAUUCCACAAACUCUGGUACUACUUGUUUGCCAACUUGUAACAUUAAACGAAUGUAAAACAUGCUCUGUAAAACACAACAGUUUAAAUUAAUUAAAUAAAAGGAUUUUACUUUACUCUGA